AUGGCAUCGGCUCCAGCUUCAGCAAGAGAUGUCCAAGCAGAGGAAGUCCAAGGAUCGGCGCCAGGCGCCACCGUUUUGGCGAUGGCAGACCGUGGCAGGGUCGGCUCCCUGGUCUUCAGCAGCAAAAGCUGCGCGGAGAAAGAAUGGAGUGGUGUAGAGACUAUGAGCGCCACGGAUCAAAAGAUCUCCCCGGAUGCCAAGAACGCAGCAAAGCCGGUGGAAUCCAAGGAGCUGGCGAAGCCGAAGGCCUCCAAGCCACGUAUCGACUGCAUCGAUGGAUGCCGCUUCGCCCUGGUCUUCCCCAUCGUGGUGGCGCACUUCGCGAGGUUUAGCACCAACAAUUUGACGGCUCUGAAACUGUUGACACAGGAGAAUGUCCUGGUUGGUGGCUUCUUCGUCAUUUCAGGUUAUGUCUCCGCCUAUACCACGACCAAGCUUGGGGCCCUUGGCGUGGAAGAGAAGAAAGUGGCGAAUCCAGAGCUUUUCUUUUGGCAGAGGGUGAUGGCCUACUAUCCGCUUCAUUUCCUUUCCUCAGCAAUUUUUGCGCCGAUGUUCAUUUGGGUGGAGAGGAACUUCAACGCGACCUGGAACAUGAUUGCCUUCCGCGCCUUCUUGAACUUCAGCAUGUUGCAGGCCUGGUUCCCCAAGGAAGCAGAGAUCUGGAAUCAGCCCACCUGGUUCCUUUCGGCCCUGACCUUUUCGAAUCUCACUAUGCCCACUUUGGUCUUGCCAAACGUGGCCAACCUCUCCAAGAAGGGUUUGCAGAAGCUCUUGGCUGGCCUGUGGGGUGUGUCGCUGCUGCAGAAGGUCUCCUACUCUGAGACAGCACGCUUCCACAGCAGCAAGGAACACCCAGUGGACGGGAAGGUCAUGAUGCCCUUGAUCUGGAACUUGACUCGUUUCCACCCAAUCUGGGCACUCUUUGAGAUGACCACUGGCAUCAUUGCGGCUCGUCAUGUGAUGCUUGACACUGAGGAGGACAAGAGGAACAAGCCCAUGAAUCCAAUUUGGUUGUUCUUGGCUGCCUAUUCCUCAUUGGCACUUCGUCUCACGAAGUAUGACUUCAACGAUGCCAUCAUCCGUGGAGUGCUCUUUGUGCCACUUUUCACGGAGUUCUUGACGGCCAUGCACCGAGAUGCGUUGACUGCCCAACCUUCCGCCAUCACCAGAUUCUUCGGAUGCAAGAUCAUGGCCACUCUUGGUUCCUUAGCUUUCCCAAUGUUCAUCGUGCACGGACCAAUCGGACAAAUCUUCUACAAGAAGGCUAUUGCCAAGAAGCUGUGGGGAAAGCCAAUGCCACAUGCCUUCUUCCCCUUCUAUUUGGCGAUUUGCUUGGGUCUCAGCCACCUGGUGAACGAACACUUCGUGAAGAACAAGAAGGUGGGUGCCUUUGCCGGCAAGAUCGCCCAGAAGCUGGCAGGUUGGACUGAGGGUAUGCUCAGGGAUCGUUGAGCUGUCAACUGCUAACAGUUCCAAAGACCAGCCUGACAAAGCUCUCUAUGAAUUGUGCAAAGAGGAACAACCGACCCAGGAAGGGUUGUGUUGACGCUCCUGCAAGCACUACUGGUGCGCGGGGUAUUUCAAUACUUCAAGCAUUAAAUUUCUGAACUUUGGUUUGAGGAAACCAACUUGAUUGAAUUCUGAAAGCUGCCGGAGACACUGUCCGGCCUAGAUGUCAUUCUUUCCUUGAAAUCCAUUUAAUUAAACUCACCAAGCUGCUGUGCCAAUGGUGCUGAAUCAUGCAAACAGCCCUGGCACUAUGCUCAACGUGACUAUGGCAAGAAGUUGGCACCCUUGCCGGGCCUCCUUUUGGUAAGCACCAAAACAAGCGCCAAAGCUUGCAGCAGCGCGACAUUGAGAAGAGUCACAAA